UCGCGAACUUGGGCUUUACCAACAUAGACGCUGUGAGCGGGAGUCAGGGCAUGCUGAGCCAGGCCGAGGGGAAGCACAUCUACAACCGACUCAUCUGCGCCUUUGUCGGACCGAACCGUCUGGACAUCGAAGCCGACACCUAUGACGCCAUCGCUUGCAGCGCUGUUUUCGCACCCAACCACCUGAAGGAGGACUGCCUACCUGAGCUCAUACGGGUCGCCAAACCAGCCUCCGUCUCGCCCGCAGGUGGCUAUAUCAUCAUCACGCUCCGUGAGGAGUACCUGUACAUAGUGGAGGAUUACAUUGACAAGCUGGAGCCCGCCAUGGCCCGUCUGCAGGACGAGGGACUCUGGGAACGAGUCAGCCGGGAUGUCUUCAAGAUGUACGAGGUCGAAGACAAAGACGGGAUCACCUUCGUCUUCAAGGUCCUGUAGCGGGCGACAUUUCUGUUCAAAUAUGAUCACCUUCGUCUACAAGCACCUGUAGCGGGCGACAUUUCGGCUCAAAUGUGAUCACCUUCGUCUACAAGGUCCUGUAGCGGGAGACAUUUAGGCUCAAAUGUGACUUGCUAAAAAUAAAAGUUCAAUGAUUAGAUUCA